AUGCUAUUCUUCAGCUUCUUCAAGACGUUGGUCAAUCACGAGGUGACGGUGGAGUUGAAGAACGACAUUUCGAUUCGAGGCACUCUGAAGAGCGUGGAUCAAUACCUCAACAUCAAGCUGGACGACAUUCAGGUCGUUGAAGAGCUGAAGUACCCACAUCUGAGCUCAGUCAAGAAUGUCUUCAUUCGAGGCAGUGUAGUGCGCUACGUUCACCUGCCAGCGAACGCAGUUGACACGCCGUUGCUCGAGGAUGCUACACGAAGAGAAGCAUCACAGACCGCAGCAAAGGCGAAGCAGCAGGGUUGA